GUGAAGUCGCUCAGUCGUGUCCGACUCUUAGCGACCCCAGGGACUGCAGCCCACCAGGCUCCUCCAUCCAUGGGAUUUUCCAGGCAAGAGUACUGGAGUGGGGUGCCAUUGCCUUCUCCAAGGUUUUCAUCUUAAGAAUCUUAAAACUAAAGUAAGUAGAAGGAAGGGAAUACUGGACAGAAGAGUAGAUGUCAGAUGCUGCAGAAAACAUACAAGAAGAUCGAUGAAACCAAAAGGUGAUGCUUUGAGAGAAGUUAACAGGCCUCUAGCCUGACCAAGUUAAGAACUUGUAUUGAGAAUGCAAAUGGUACAUCAGUACAGAUCCUGCAGAAGCAAGCCUGCACCCUUCUCCCUGGCUCACGUCGGUCCCACACUCUGCUUCCUGUACAUGCUCCUGCAAAACCCAUGGGCACUGUUGCUGCACUUUUACAUUUGGCUUUUCUGCCUUGGCUGUACCUAUUUGUGCUCAGAGGUGUGAGGCUUCAGAGAGGGUAGCAAGGAAAUAUGAACUGUGUGAUGCCUGUAUUCCACAGUGUAGAUGAUGUGGACAAAUUCCUCAGAAGCCACAACUGUUGUCUAGAUGGGAAUGAGAAGAAGUGGAAACGUUAAGUGACUUUAUUGAUACUUAAAAAAUUACAUCAGAAACUUUCCCGGAAGAAAACUCUAGGCUCUCAUGGCCUUGCUGGUGAAUUUAUCAAACAUUUAAGAGAGAAAUAGCAAUCUAACACAGCAUACAGAAAAGAGAGGAGGGAACCCUUUGCAACUCAUUGUAUAAGAUCAGUAUGACCUUGAUAGUAAACAGGACAUUACAAAAAAAGGAGAUACAGAUUAAUUUCCCUCAUGAAAUAUAGAAAAUACUUAAAAUAUUAGCAAGCUGAAUGUGAUGUGUUAGAAGGGAAUUGCAUCAUGACCAGGAAACUGGCAGGAUGUCCCCAGGUCCAUGGCUGAGAGGGUUUUCUUGGGGUGGGAAAGAAAAUGGCAUUUUAAAUGUGAGGGGAGGGGCCAGCAGAAUGGAGCUACUCAUUCCCCCCUGCCUGAUUCUCGAAUCUGGUAGGGCACUGCCUCUAGCCUUCCUCAGUGGGCACCGUCUGUGUUUCCACUGUCCCAUCUGCUCUGUCUCAGGAUGAGAGGGAUGGUUGGGAUUUAGUCUCAUUUCUCUGCAAGCCCCACCCAGGGCUCUGUCUUCCUGUGGUGACUUUGUACUAAGUUAUUAGUCUGGGGGGAGUCGAAGCUGUGUUCUGCUGGGGGCUCCUCCCACCCCACCCCAGCCCUCACUGCCAGGGGGAGCCCUAGACGACAGCAGGAGGGGAGAGAGGACUCGAUGUUCCUGUUGGGGCUCAUGUCCUCAGGAGGAGCAGACCUCUCUGCUGCCCGUGGGGCCAGGAAACUGCUGACUUGGUGUGCCUCCCAGGUAGAUAGUUGGGGGGCGGGGCUCUCGGAGGUCACACUGCUUGAGGACUGGAACCUGGGCAGGACUCUGCGUGGGGUUGUCUAGACGGCCCUGUGCCCUGGCUGGGGGUCCUCAGGUCCGAUAGUCAGUGUCCCAGAUGCUCAGUGCUGGCAUUUAGUGUGGGGAUGUGGACGUGCUGCCAGGAACCUGAGCACCAGGAGAGUGCAGUCAGCAGGUGACCUCCAACUGCCAGCCCCUGAGAGCCCACCAGAGUUCCAUGGGCUGUGGGGGCCGUUGAGGGGCACUCCCCGGCCUGUCUCCCUUGUGCCCACGGCCUCCUCUUCCUCAGGCGUGCAUCCUGGGGGUAUGUCAUCCACAUCUGCAGGUCAGACAGCCCCAGCUCUGGGCCAGCCUGCAUGCCUCCAGGACCCUGCAGGUGGCCUGCAGUUGGGGGGUGGCAGGGGAGGGGGUCCUUGAGUCACUCAAUGAAGGCAGAGCUCCCCUCCCCCAGGCCUGCAGAUACUCCUGCAGGCCAGAUUUCUGGCUGUUCCUGGAACAUUCCGGCCUCGGCCUGUGCUGUUCCCUUGCUGGGGACCCCACCCCGUGAGGUGCCCCAUCCCCACCUCCUGUCCCCGCCCCUCUGCUCACCGUGGCCAAGACGCUGCCACUUUAAGGGCGACAUCACAAGGCUGCGGAAGGCCGGUGGAAUUCGGGGCUCUUGGCGUUUCUGGAGCACCCGCGGGCUCUGAUUUUCCAUCUCCAUGGGGCCACGGGCCCACACGUGACAGAGAACUGGCCAUGGCUGAGGGCAGCGAGCUGAUGAACAGGCUCAUGAGCGAGAACGCCGACCUCAAGAAGCAGGUGCGUCUUAUGAAGGAGAACCAGAUGCUGAAGCGGCUGCUGAGCGAGAGCUGCCAGGAGAGCUGUGGGCACGGGGGUCGUGACUUCCUCUUCCCCAAGGCGCCCGCCUACCCCGAGGCCUGCUCCCCAGGGAGCACAGUUCCAGACUUUGGAAGGUUCACCAGCGGCCCUGAUGCACCCUCCCAGCUGCAGGGGUCCUCCCUGGAAGACCUGCUGUGCUCACAUGCCCCCCUCUCCAGCGAGGACGACGCCUCCCCAGGCUGUGUGACGUCCUCCCAGGUGCCCUUCAAGGCUUUCCUCAGCUCCCCGGAGCUGCGUAUCCCCCGAGGCUCCGAUCGAAAGCUGUCUCCACUCCUGAGCCCCUUGCAGGACCCGCUGGUGGAGAAGACCCUGCUGGAGACCCGGGACGUGGGCCGGCCCAAAAAGGUGUGCUUCUCAGAGAGCAGCCUGCCCUCCGGGGACCGAACCAGGAGGAGCUACUACCUGAACGAGAUCCAGAGCUUCACUGGCACGGAGAAGGACGGUCGCAUUGUCGGGGAGAUUGCCUUCCAGCUGGACCGGCGCAUCCUGGCCUAUGUCUUCCCAGGGGUGACCCGGCUCUACGGCUUCACUGUGUCCAACAUCCCUGAGAAGAUCAAACAGACGUCCAUCAAGUCCCUGGAUGGCUCGGUGGACGAGAAGAAGCUGCGGGAGCUAACGCACCGCUACCUGACGCUGACGGCGCGCCUGGAGAGGCUGGGCUACAACCGCGACGUGCACCCUGUGUUCAGCGAGUUCCUCAUCAACACCUACGGCAUUCUGAAGCAGCGGCCGGACCUGCGUGCCAACCCGCUGCACAGCAGCCCGGCCGCCCUGCGGAAGCUGGUCAUCGACGUUGUGCCCCCCAAGUUUCUGGGCGACUCGCUGCUGCUGCUCAACUGCUUGUGCGAGCUCUCCAAGGAGGACAGCCGCCCGCUCUUCGCCUGGUGAACCCACGCCCCACGCCUCCCUGCAAUAAAAGCGUGUUGCAACUGCGGGCGCCACGCUGCUCCUCGUCCG